GAAAACGAAAAAUUGGCGAGAAAAUGGAAAUAUCACCGGAGAAAUUGAUGAGAUUCGGAUUUGUGAAGUAAGUGGUCUCUCUGAUUCCAAUGGGCCCCCGGUUUGCGGCCGGAAGAAUCUCUCGCGCUCUUCCUUCUCCCGCUACAUUCUACAGAGAGAUUCUUGUUUGCUUCUCUCAAUCCAUUUUCGCUACAAAUAAUCUGUUGUUUGUUGAUUUGGGUUACUGAAAUUAUCAAAUUUUGCUUUGAAAUGUUAAUGGAAUUAUAAGAACACUCCAUCUCUUGCUUCCUCUUUCAAAAAUCAGCAGCAGGAGGAAAAGAAGGCUCAUAUUGUUUGUUGCUUCUAUCGCACUAAUUCUAUUCCCAUUUUCCUGUUUGAAGGUUGCUGCCGUUCUCUCUUUCUGUGCAUUUUCGUUAAUUUUAGGCUUUUCUCGAUCUGGAUUGCUGUUUUCUUGAAUUUCUUCGGUCCAUAGGGCUCUUCCUACUAAUUCUUGAGGAGGCUUUGCCUGUUAGAAGACCAAUCUCCAGGGAUGAUAAGUAUUUUAGAGUAUUAAGUUUUCAAAAUCAAGAAUGGGGGAACAUUUUGUGCUGUUGGUGGAUCAGUUGCUCACGGAAUCAAACCUCGAAUCUACCAUUGAGAGAAAAAACAGAAAUUGUCGUCCUAUGGCCUCAACAAGUGCAGAUAACAUGAUAUCUUCCUUAAAUAUUGACGUUGAAUUCAUGUCACCUUCAAGUAAACUUGUUCAGUGCAGAAUUUGUCAUGAUGAGGACGACGAAUCAAAAAUGGAGACACCAUGCUCUUGCUGUGGAAGCUUGAAGUAUGCUCAUCGCAUGUGCGUUCAGCGGUGGUGCAACGAGAAAGGCAAUACAAUCUGUGAAAUUUGCCACCAGGACUUUGAGCCAGGGUAUACAGCACCACUCCCUGUAUUAUAUUAUGGAGAUAUUACUUCACCAGUUCAUUUCAGGGAAAGUUGGGAGAUGUCUAGACUGAACCUGCAUGUACCUGCAGGAAUGCCUGAUCACGAGUAUCCUGAUUCUGACUUUGAUGAAUUCUUCACUCCUUCUCCAAGAAGCAUAUUGUGCUGCCGCAUGGUUGCAGUAACUUUUAUCGUUCUUCUCGUUUUGCGCCAUACGCUACCAAUUGUAAUCAGUGGAGCUGGAGAGUAUUCAUUGACAUUGUUAAUGCUGCUGAUCUUGAGAAUUGUUGGAAUCCUUCUACCAAUCUAUGUCAUGGUUAGAGCAUUUACUUCCAUUCAAGGACGGCGUCAUUAUCAGGAUCCCCGUCUUCACCUUGCGACACCAGAGGACGAAAAUGACUCGACAAACCAUGCUCAGUCGCACUUCAUCCACGUGAGAUAGCAGUACAUUCACCUCGUCUCUAAUACGACGGAACCGACGUAAGCACAACGACGAGAUGGAAACUGGUUGGAUGUAAUGCAUAGAAGGUCAUCAACGCCAUUCAUGGUCCUUGCAUCGAGACUCGACCACAACCACGACCACAACCACGACCCAGUUAUUUUCUGCAGUGAAGUUCAUCAUCUGUGGGGAGGCAGCUGAAACUUCUUUGGUUAAAAUCAAACUUUUCAUGCAAUGGAAUCGUUGGCUCACUUCACUCACUACUCUUUAAUGUAUGAAGUGUGUAAUGGUUAGGAAGGGAAAUCAGUAUUGCUUUCAUAUUGGCUCUUGAAAUUAUAAGAUAGUUGUAAUUAAAUUA